AUGCCCGAACUGCUCAAGACGCUACCCAUCGAAGAACCUCAGAUCUCCCGUGUUAACAUCAAAUGCGGGUUCUGGGUGCACAUCCGCGACUCGUAUCCCAACGAGCCAGAUCCCCUCGCGGCAAUCGCGCUCCGAGAUAUCGCACAAAGCAACCUCGACCUUCACGAGCUCCUACGCCCAUUCAAGAAAGUAAUCGAGCAGGGUGCCGCGCACAGUAGGACGCUUAGCGGGAAGGACACCGAGCUCCAGGCAGACCAAUAUCUGCGGCACGAAAUCCGCUCCAGCUGGGGCGCCCAUCCAGCCUAA